AUGCCGUCCAAAGAAAAACCCAAAUCCUUCCGAGGAGUUGUUGGAGUCGUUGGAAAGAGCUCCAAUGCAUCAUCCAUUCACCAUCAUGGUCAUAUGACCAAAUUGGACGGAAAAUCCAAUGAGCUACUCAAAAUAUCACCCAAUGUCAAACGUUAUUCCGAUAUUAAAAAACCAUCCAAUCAUUCCAAUACAUUUACCUCUACGAUAGGAAGUGCUGGUGUGGUGUUUAAUCAAGUAAAAGCACGGAAAUGUAUUGAAGAUUAUGAACCCGAAGACGAAUUAGAGAAAUGGCUCUUGAAACAUAAUGAAAAGAAUCUGGUACUAUGUUUGGAAUAUCCAACACAUGUUUCUCAACGAGGUGGGCAUUACCAUAUCAUAUUUAGAACUCAGAGCAUGUACAAUGAAUAUUUACAAGCUUGGAAAAACUCAAUAACGAUCAAUAAUCCAGAGCAUUCAAAUUUACCAAAAAUGUACAUUGAAGAAUUACGAACAAAACAUGCCUUUCGAUUAUAUGUCGAUAUCGAUAUUAAACUGGCGAUUGAAGAAAAGUAUGAUAUCGUUGAAAAGGGCUGGAUUGAUGACAUUAUGAAAUUUACUUGGAAUUAUUUUUUCAAAAAUCAACGAGAAACAAAUUUAACCAUGAUUUUAACACAAUGUCAUGGCAAAUGGGAAGACAGUGUCACUACCACUUCCAAAUACAAAUCAGGAUACCGUCUCUAUUUUCAUGACAUUAUUGUAGAUUUCGACAAAUUUUGUGACUACACUCAUAAUUUAUGUUAUACGUUACAAGGAAAAUUCGAUCAUUACAAUGGUCAACCUCAUGAUUGGACGUUUGAGGAUGUCAUUGAUUUGAAAACUUGUAAUCAUCCACGAUGUCGAUUAUUUGGAAGUGCCAAGUGGAGACGUGGUGAUAUUUUACCUCGAAUUUAUGAGUUUUAUGGAGCUUUUAGAUACAACCCGACAUCAAAUAAGGCAAUUAUGGACAAUGCCAUAACGAGUGCAUUAAGGGAAAAUGUCUGUGAAUUAUUGAGAUUGACAAGUACUCGAGUGGAAGAUCCUUUCGAUGAAGAUGAUGAUUCUCAUCCAACAACUGCAACAACUCCAUGA